AUGGAGUUCACCACGCGCAAUCGGAGCUCCGCAGGCGGCCAGGCCGACCCGAAGCAGCCGAGGCCGAAGAAAACGGUCAAGAAGCAGCCCUUCAGUUUCGCGAGGUUCUACAGGGACUAUGGGCUGGUGCUCUGGCUGGCGCUUAUAGUCUUCAUGGGACUAGUUAUGAAGUACUUCGAGGACAAGUACCACUCCAUGCAGAACUUCACGGAGUUCGGAGAGGACAUCUACAAGGUCAUGGGCAUUCCACGCUCCGCGUCGGACGCGGAGAUCAAGGCCGUGUACCGCCAGCUGAACCACAAGUGGCACCCCGACAAGAACCCGGACUGCGCAGACUGCAAGGAGAAGUUCAUGAAGUUGAAGGAGGCGUACAAGAUCCUCAGCAACCCCCAGCUGAAGAAGCUCUACGACAGCACCAACGGACGCACUGUCGACGUUAUCUCAUCAUCAACGACGGAGCUGACGCGCGAGAACUAUGAUGAGCUCGUUCGCAACUCGAACGACGUUUGGGCCAUCCAGGUCUACUCGGACGACCUGUACGAAUGCCACCAGUUCGCGAAGCACUGGGAGGAGGCGGCGAACAACCUCAGCCACUUCGCGAACUUCGGGCGCAUCAGCAUGCUCCUUAACCCCAAGGCCGCCAAGAAGCUGCGCGUCAAGGUCCAGCUGCUGCCCGCCGUGAUCAUGGUUUUCCCCGGCGGCGGAUUCGACCUCUUCCCGCAGGAAGCAUUGCGCUCAUUUAAGCACUUCAAGGAGUACUUCGUGCAGGUGUACCCUGACAAGGUGGUCGCCUGCAAGGACCAGGCGGAGUUCAAGCAGAAGGCUGAGGCUGUCGUCGGCAGGCCGGCGUUGAUAUUCCGCAACGACGGAAACAACCGCCCGGCGCCGCUGGCGAUACGCCACCUCGCGUUGAAAUACAAGUGGGCGUUCGACACUUACUGGACCUCCUCCACGGUGCCAGCCCACCAGGACAAGGUGUUCAUUGACGACCUCAUGGACGCCUCCAAGGGACAAAGCAACUUGGUGCCAACCACCGCAAUCUUCCAGCUCAGGGAGGAUCUGGAUGCCCUGGCUAUAAUGUACGGUGCCGACCACGUCGGGCUCAUCGCCACAGCCCCUUACAGCAGGGGGCAAAUCGGGCCAUUGGUCGAAUGCAUCGAGUCGAUGCUCGUGCUGGCGUACCCGCCCCUCGAGCUUUCUCGUGAUACGUUCACCCACCUAUGCAAAAACCCGGAGUCCACUCGCGACCGCUUCUGCGUCGUCGUCGUAGGCGACGCGCAUAGGGCAUUUGACGAAAAGAAGGUCCUGGAGCGACUAGCGCAAUUCGUUCACGGGGCGCGCAUUGGCAGCGUCUUCUCCAACGAGUUCAGCGACCCGGAGGCUUCCGGUGCCGCGGUGCCCACGGCGGACGUCCAGCUGGUACGCCUGCCGGAGGCGCAGUCGACGCCCAAGCUACGUGAAUUCGUAGCAUCAGGAGUUAUCCUGCUGGAUGCCGCGCGCAACAAGUUCUGCACUGUGGAGUCCGCAGAUAAGCGAUUCGAGUGUGGCGUGCAGGACGACCUGGCGUGGGUUGGGGACGUUGCCGAAGGUGCAUUCGACACGCUCGCGUGGCACGACACCAACCAGGCGUUCGGCGGCAGCUUCGAAGAUAAAUGCCUCAAGUCAAAGCGGCUUUGGGAUAGGUUCUUCUGA